GUUUCAGCAUAUCCGACGUUGAGGUACCGAUUCAUCCGCGGAUCCGACGCGGAAUCCAUAGAAAUGGAGAGACUCGUCUCUGGAGUUUGGAUGGGAGUGUGCUGCUGAUUCUGAAAAUUCGAGUUGAUAAAAUUUUGGGUUAAAAAAUUAAUGAUUACAUUGACAAAUUGAGCACAAAUUUCCGACUUCCGGUCUUUAAUUGUAGCAUGGAUCUCGACUUAAUGGACGAAUUCUCGGAUCAGAGUCUAGCAUCAGGGCAAUCAAACUGCGAAGAUCUGUAGAAGUUCCAGCGAAGACAGUCAGAUGGGACAGAAUAAUGUGAUCGACGAUGCUCCACCACCAACACGCUCACGUGGACUGUGAUAUUUGUCAACUCGACGAUUAUUCAUCACCGACUUCAACAAUCACCGACUCCUGCCGCCUCGUCGCCUCGGAACGUGUCAUCUGCAUCGACAAACCCGUCCCCAUCCGAAUAAUUUUCUAUUUUUUUUCAAAUUUUAUUUUAUUUUUUUAUAAAAUAAAAAUUUUUAUGAACUAUC